UUUCACGUGGCUUAUAGAGGAGAGCUGAGCCGCCACAACAGUCAGUCCGGUGCUGCAGCAGCAGGGAGACAACAUCAGCAUCAGUAUGGCUGUGGAGAUGGAGCCCGCGGAUGUGAUCCGCCUGAUAAUGCAGUACCUCAAAGAGAACAACCUCUACCGGACGCUGACCACAUUACAGGAGGAAACCACCGUCUCCCUCAACACAGUGGAAAGCAUCGAAAGCUUUAUUGCAGAUAUAAACAAGGGUCACUGGGACUCUGUCCUGCUGGCUAUUGAAUCUCUCAAGUUGCCUGACAACAUACUUAUUGACCUUUAUGAGCAGGUUGUUAUGGAGCUCAUUGAAAUGAGGGAGGUGGGCGCAGCUCGCUCGCUCCUCAGGCAAACCGACCCGAUGAUCAUGUUGAAGCAGACCCAGCCAGAAAGGUACGGCCACCUGGAGAACCUGCUAACCUGCUCCUACUUUGACCCUCGUGAGGCGUACCCAAAAGGAAGCAGCAAGGAGAAGCGGCGCAGAGCCAUAGCUGAGUCUCUGGUGAGGGAGGUCAGCGUGGUGCCCCCCUCCCGCCUCAUAGGACUCCUGGAACAAGUCGGUUCUAUGAAACUACAGCAGUAUACAGAUCACCUCUCCCCUGAUAUGACCAUUGAUACAUCUGCCAGCAAAGAGAAAUAUGUGGAGAAAGAGACCUUUCCAAACCAGCUGUAUCGCCACAUCAAGUUUGGGCGGCGGUCGCACGUGGAAUGUGCCCGUUUCUCACCCGAUGGAAAGUAUUUAAUUACGGGGUCAGUAGAUGGCUUUAUUGAGGUCUGGAACUUCAACAGUGGAAAAAUUAGCAAGGAUUUAAAAUAUCAGGCCCAAGACAGCUUCAUGAUGAUGGAUGAUGCUGUGCUGUGUAUGUGCUUCAGUCAGGAUACAGAUCUACUGGCUACUGGAGCUCAAAAUGGCAAAAUAAAGGUGUGGAAGAUCCAGAGUGGCUUGUGUUUGCGUAGGUUUGAGCAUGCUCACAACAAAGGCGUGGCUUGUCUGGGCUUUUCCAAAGACGGCAACCAGAUCCUCAGUGCCUCCUUCGACCACACCAUCAGAGUCCAUGAGCUGAAGUCAGGCAAGACGCUAAAGGAGUUAAGUGGCCAUUCAUCAUUCGUAAACGAUGCGUUCUUCACUCAAGAUGGAUUUCACAUCAUCAGCGCCUCAUCAGAUGGCACUGUGAAGAUUUGGAACACAAAGUCCUGUGAGUGCAUCCACACUUUUAAAUGUCUGUCGAGGACACUGGAUGUCCCCGUCAACAACGUGAUCCCUCUCCCCCAAAAUCCAGAGCACUUUGUGGUUUGUAACCACUCCAACGCUGUGGUCGUCAUGAGCAUGCAUGGCCAGACUGUGAAGACCUUCAGUUCAGACAGAAAAGGAGCAGACUUUGUGUGUUGCACCCUGUCACCCCGCGGGGAGUGGAUUUACUGUGUGGGGGAGGACUUAGUGCUCUACUGCUUCAGCUAUACAACAGGAAGGCUGGAGAAAACGCUGACUGUUCACGAGAAAGACGUAAUUGGCAUCACUCACCACCCACAUGAGAAUCUGAUUGCCACGUACAGUGAAGACGGUCUGCUGAGGCUAUGGAAGCCUUAAAGUGUCACCUGCAUUAUAUUGUGGAGGACCUACACAGCUGUUGACAUGGUGUAUUAAAAUCUAUUUGUGCCAUGAAAAUGCUUUGAAAAAACAAUCAAUGAAUAUGAAAAACCACCUUUAAAUUAUAAAUAAAUUUACCAAUCAAAGUUUUUCCCCCCACUUUAAAGGAUUCUGUAUGUUGGUUUCUUUUUUUUAAAUUCCUUGUGGAAAAUUUAAGGUAAGAAUGCCAAUAUUCAUGUUUUCUUUAAGUCAGCAAAUUCUCAACAAAAAAAUAAUCUAAAGCAGCUGCACUUUAAACAUGUUUUUUCCUUCCAUAUUUUGAUUUAUUUAUUUAUGGGGUAAUCUAUUUGUAAUUCAUUAGCAUUUGCAACGCUGUUUAGGUCCUCCAUACCUUACACCUUCUUCCUCAUGAAUCCAACUUCACCAGUUUGAAUCCCCAUUUUCAUCUCUUCUGUCUUUAUUAGACAUGAAAAUGCAUGAUGGUGAACUGUUGUGAAAAUAGUUAUAAUAGAAAUCGCCUCUUGUUUGGGCAUAAACAAACAAUAUCAGGUAUAUGAUUGAUUUGCUUUGGUUUAUAAUAAUGUUUUUUUAUUCUUAAUUUUUAGAUUUUAUCCAAAUAACGAUUCUGAUGUCAUGAUUUAUUUGUUCUCUGCGUUCCCUGCAUGCUACCUCAGUGCACUGCCUACAUGUCUCUACAGUAAUUUUUGUAGUCCUUUAAAAUAUGCAUGAUGACUGAUAACCCUGUACAGAGCUCCAGUGACACAUUCUGUAUCCUGUGCAUAAACAACAAAUGUAUUUUACACAUUUAUUGUCUUGUGUCUGAUGUUCCUGUGCAUAGAUAGGUACAUAUACCUGCAACAGACUCCCUCUAGCGGUAACUGUUCGUACUACCUGGUACUGUCGUCAUUUAUCACUGCGAGAUAUUGUUUAGCAACUAAAUUAUUUAUUUUUGGUAUAUUCAUUAUGCUGUACAUAACAUCUCCAACCACAUGACAAAUGAUAAUAAAAUUCAAAAUCUGGUGUUUCUGUUAUUUCAUAAUAAUACGCUUUAGUGCUAGAUUUGUUCGACAUGGCAAUUUAUCCAAGUACUGCAUCUGCAACAUUUUUUUUUUUUUUAAAGGGCAGUUAAUUUGAAUCUUUU